GGACCAGAUCAAGAAGGAUACUGCAGCUGUACCCCGAGAAUAGUCUUAGUUUACUACUUUGACAGAGCAGAGGAGGCAACUCCUCAGGUUGAAGCUGUGUUGAUUGACCUAGAAGGGCCACAAAUUCACACGUUAAUAUAGCUCUAUAACAUCACCAACACCACCAACAAUGGGUAACAGCAAGAGCGGCGCUGUGUCCAAGGAGAUCCUGGAGGACUUGAAACUCAACACUAAGUUCACAGAGACAGAGAUUGCCCAGUGGUAUGAAAAUUUCAAGAAGCAGUGUCCAACAGGACGCAUCUCAAAAGAGGAGUUUCAGAGCAUCUACUCCAAGUUCUUCCCAGAAAGCGAUGCCCAUACAUAUGCCCAGCACGUCUUCCGCUCCUUUGACACAAACGAUGAUGGCACACUGGACUUCAAGGAGUACAUCAUCGCUCUCCACAUGACAUCAACAGGGAAGACCACUAGGAAACUGGAAUGGGCCUUCUCGCUGUUUGACGUGGACAAGAACGGAUACAUCACCAAGUCAGAGGUCACGGAAAUCUGCACGGCGAUCUUCAAGCUGAUUCCUAAAGAUGAACUGAGUAGUCUGCCUGAAGAUGAAAACACAGCUGAAAAGAGGGCAGAUAAACUCUGGAAAUUCUUUGAAAAGAGCGAUGAAGAACGAGUGGCAGAAGGAGAGUUCGUCCAGGGAGUGUUGGACAAUGAUGAGGCCCUUCGUUUGAUUCAGUAUCAGCCUUUAAAGUAACUCUUCCACACAUUCAGUGUAUCUCUCUCCAGUCCUGUCUUUUCAAUUUCACCCUUCUCUAAUGCAAUGCAAUGACACCUGACAGCACCUUCACAAAAUGUGAACAAAAUGAAAUAAUAAUUCGGAAGCUCUUCCAGGGUUUUAUAACAUUUGUUACCAAUGUAUGUGUGCUGUCUGAACAGUUUUCUUUAUCAUACAUGAAAUAAAAUAAAUGUUCAAAAAUGGAAAGCAGGAGAGGUUGCCACCAGGUAACCUUUGAUUGCAGUUACCAUACCAACCAACCAUAUACAAAUUUUAAAUCUUUACAGGAACACUAAUUGACUACUGUCUGCCUACCAUGUAAUUUCCCCCGUACACAUCUGACCUGACACUUUCCAACAACUACUACAACUGCAAAUGCUUGUUCUGCUAAGAUUAGCCUCUUCAUCGAAGUUGCAAUAGACAAAGCACAGUAUUUUUGAAAUUGUCAGUAAUUAGUAGACAUUUCUUGAAAAAAUCAAAUUAUAAAGGAGUGGUUUAGCAACUCAAGCAUGCAUUUUAAUAUGAUAACAUAUGUGUUUUAGUUCAAGUCUCAUUACCGUUAAAUAUGUUGUUUUUUUCUUUCCUGGGCAGUCAAUGCUGGUCUAUUGGUAAUUUCUCAUUUUACCCUAGCAUCUUUUUUAAACACUGACCAACAUGUAAGUGCAGUAAGGUGUAAUUGUACUUGGGCCCUUGUACUGUCUAUUGUUCUGUCUUUUACAGUGUUCAUCCAUGAGGCACAAUGCUCAAUGUUUGAUGUUCUAGUUAAGUGGUACAUAUUGG